ACCAACCGAUCGAUAAGUUAAGGUGCAGAAUCAGAUAUAUCGAUGGCGUUGACGGCCGCGCUGGGGAGCAGGGGAGCGGAGCAAGAUCAGGACGGCGGCGACGGCAAUGGUGGCAAUGGCAAUGGCCGCGGCGGCGGCGAGGAGAUGAUGAUCAUGCGGGAGCACAUGUUCGACAAGGUGGUGACGCCGAGCGACGUGGGGAAGCUGAACCGGCUUGUGGUUCCCAAGCACUUCGCGGAGCGGCACCUCCUCCCGCGGCUGCCCGGCGGCGGGGCCGCCGGGGCGGCCUGCCCCGGAGCCGUGCUGCGGUUCGAGGACGGCCGCGGCGGCGGGAAGGCCUGGGCGUUCCGCUUCUCCUACUGGAGCAGCAGCCAGAGCUACGUCAUCACGAAAGGGUGGAGCUCCUUCGUCCGCGACCGCCGCCUCGCUGCCGGCGACACCGUCUCCUUCUGCCGAGCCGGUGCGCGCCUCUUCAUCGACUGCCGGAAACGGGGCGCCGGGGCCGGGGUCGCCUCGGCGCCGACGACGAGCCUCCUCGUGCCUGUAGCGCUUCCGCAGCAGGCGACGUCGGACGAAGACAGGGCACCGCGCGGGCGGCGCCUCCGGCUGUUCGGCGUGGACCUCGAGCUCGCCGGUGCAGAAUGAUACUAGGAGAUUAAUUAUGCACCCACAUUACUGUUAGUUUUUUAAAGAAAGAAGAAGGGAUGAAAUUGAAUUCAUGUAGUGUUCGUCAAGGACAAUCUCAAGUUGCUAGUACGAUG